CAAAACUAACCAUAACAACAUCUGUGGAUCUCAAAACUACAACUCAUUCUAACGAAAGAAAAAGCGCUGCGCUCACAUUACACUCCAUCAUUCUCCCCCGCUGAAAAUUUUCUUACUGUCUUCAUUACGUAUAAGAAUCAAAGGCAGAAGGAAGAAGAAAAAGAAAACAUGGCUACCUUCAUGCUUCCUUGCCAUGGGCUUGUGCUCAAACCCUCAUCUUCAUUGCCCAAACUGGGUUCUCCUGUGUUGAGAACUGGGCUAAAGAAGAAGAGAAGGGUUGCAGUUUGUCGGGCGGCGCCCGUCGUGUUUCGGGAUCUUGAUGCUGAUGAUUUCAGGCAUCCUCUUGAUAAACAGAAUACAUUGCUUUUGAGGGUGAUCCCAGGGCUGAAUGAACUCGGAAAGGCUUUAUUAGGACCAGUCUCUGAACAAGUCAUGCUGCUCGAGAAUAUAGGAACAUCUGUGCUUGUGGCUGAAAACCAGCUAUCUGACCUUCAUCAGUUGUUGGUCGAGGCUGCAGAAGUAUUGAACAUAGAGGCUCCUGAUUUAUAUGUAAGACAAAAUCCUGUCCCAAAUGCCUACACUUUGGCCAUUAAUGGUAGAAAACCAUUCAUCGUCAUCCAUACUAGUCUUGUGGAGCUUUUGACCAAAAAAGAGUUGCAAGCUGUUUUGGCUCAUGAAUUGGGCCACUUGAAAUGUGACCAUGGUGUGUUUCUUACAUUUGCAAACAUUCUCACAGUGGGAGCUUACAUUGUACCUGGGUUGGGUGGGCUGAUUGCUCAAAGAUUGGAAGAACAAUUGUUUAGGUGGCUUCGAUCUGCUGAACUAACUUGUGACAGAGCAGCUCUCCUUGUCGCUCAAGAUCCCAAGGUGGUCAUUUCUGUUCUGAUGAAAUUGGCUGGCGGUUGCCCUUCUCUUUCGGACCAGCUAAACGUCGAUGCAUUCUUAGAGCAAGCACGCUCGUAUGACAAGGCUGCUUCAAGUCCAGUUGGAUGGUACAUCAGGAAUGCACAGACCAGUCAAUUAUCUCACCCGCUUCCAGUUAUGAGAGCUCGUGAGAUCGAUGAUUGGUCAAGGAGCAAUGAGUAUCAGUCACUUUUGAAACGAGCAAUCCAGCAUGAAGCUGCUCAAAAAGUAUAGCAAUGGCCUGCGGCGGAUGAUAUUCAUGUGAAGUCCUAAUUUUACUGAAGCUUGUCGAUACAGAAUUAGAAGAUUUAUACAGUUAUGUAUGUAUACUUACCGUCAUGAGGAAUACCGUGCAAAAGCCACAAAGGACAACGGAAGUUUACCUUAAAUAUCAGGAACAGAUUCAAAUUCAGGCCUAUUGUAUUUAUAUUUGUUUCUUGUGUGCUUAGAAGAAAUAGACAUAAAAAUUCAGUAAAUUCGUUAUUUGUAUGUAUAUCGGGGCAUCGUAUCUGCCUCUUUCAUCUCAUUGUUGAGUUGGCCUAUCGAUCCAAUCACGGAGCGUAUAAGCGAUAUAUCUUGUUGUAUACGUAAGAAAUCUGGUUCAGACUAACUCCUAAGUAGGAGGUAUUUUCUAACUAUGUCUUGUAAGUUCAGAAUAAUUUCUUGACUGAAAAAUAAAAAGGAUAAA